UUCCGUCCGUCACAACGAUGGUUAAUCUAGACCACUUUUUGAAGGUGUUUAGUAUCUGGGGAAGAGAGGGAUGGUGAAAGGUACCUAUAGUCCAAGUCGUAUCACGUUAGCAGUCUCCAUAAGAAGGACAUGAGAAACCCUGUUGUUCAGUUGCCAACUUCCCUCUUUUUUGCUCACUGCCAUCCAUCAUCAUCAUCAUCAUCACUUGCAACAAUACCCCUCAACCACUGAACUCUCUCGGAAGUUCUUGACUGCAAUAACCUAACCCUUAAAACUUGUUCCACCUGCUCAACACCAGGACAUCGAUCAUCACCACAGUACUAGGUAUUACCUAGACAGAAGUCAGCUAUAGUACCCAUCUCGAACAACACAUAGAACCACACUCAAAAUGGGUACCAUCACCAGUACACUCACCACCCUCCUCUUCCUCACCACCCUCGCCCUCGCCGAGUCCCCAGCAGGAACCCCGCGCAUCAACUCCAUCAGCUACUCAGGUAGCGGAUGCCCACAGACACAGGCCCGGUUCAGCGGCAGCCUGGACAACCCGACCCUCACCUUCAACCACUUCGCCAUCGAGUACCCCAACACGGUGAACCGGACAGCCAACUGCCAGGUGCACAUGCAGGCCCAGGGAGUGUCAGCGGGCUGGCAGGUUUCCGUCAAGGACACGUACGUGGACGGCCACGUGACGCUGGACCCGGGCGCGACGCUGGAUUACUUUUCGACUGUUUACUUUAGCUCUAGUGCGGAUGAUUCUGCCACCAGCAAGGGACAACUCGCCAACGACGGCUCGUCCAGAAUCGACAAGGCAGUGACCCUCCAAAACCACUUCACCGACAAGGCCUGGUCAUCAUGCACCACGUCCUCGAAUGACGGGUUUGGAAUUCUAAACAUCAACUUCCGUGGUGCUCUGCGCAACGAAAAGUCGUACUUUGAGGCGACUAGCGAGACCUGGGACUUUGAGUGGAGGAGGUGCUGA